AUUGACUAAAUAAACGAUGUUACAAUCAUCUGGCUGGUGGACGGGUGAAUUAAAGGUCUUUCAGCCAAACCGGGACAGGCGUCUCGGUUGAACACACAAGAAAAGCCCAGAAGCUGCUCGGAGUAGAAUUCACUUAUGGAUAAUGGCCUAAAAACAUCUUCGUAAGAAAGAGCACUCACUAGGUUUGACUGGUUGCUAACCGUUGGUACGAGUACCGGUACAAGAAACAAGCUGGUUUGUGCUGGAUAUCUUUCAUUUCAGAUGCAUCAGCUUACGCAUCCCAACAUGCAACCUUGCCAUAACGUAACCACCAGCCGCAGUUGCUAUUAUUAUUAUCAACUAACAAUAACAUAUUAUUGUCCGCGACUGUCGCUUCAUCAGGAACACUUGUUUUGCUCACAACUUUUUCAUUCUCCAGUUUUUGCAAGUGCAUUUUUCGUAUCAAUCAGAAAGUUGAAUAAAACUAAAUAUAUUCAAGAUGGACCCUACCAAGCUCCCCUCGCGCCACCGUGUCUCCAAGAAGCAAUGCCCUAGUACUCGAUCAUCUCGUCGUGGUGGUGGCUCCUCCCGGUCGGUUCGCAGUGGCUCUACUCGAGAUCGGUCUCUUCGAAGUGGAGAUCGCAGUGUGACCAGUGCUCUCUUUCACCAGCAAGAUGACGGUAACCUUUCAUUGUAUGCUUUUUCUACGGCUCCUGAAGACGACUUCAAUAACCAGACGACUCUCUAUCAAGAAGAUCAGACCAUCCAAGAAGAUAAAGACUUUGAUGGUCAUGUCCCCCCAGUGGCAAUGGUGAACUUUCAUGACUGGGACAGUGCUUGUGCCAGUUUGUACACGGUGGACGAUGAAUCGAUCUAUACAACGCUGGAUCAGCAGCAGCGCAUUGUCUUUGAGGGACUUCCCAAGGAGUUCACGGCAUUGGCUGCUCCUGAUAAAGCCAGUGCUGCCGUGUUGGAGACCAUGAACAAGGAACAGCUCAUGUUCAUGGUAUCUGCAUUGAUGGCUUCCAGUGGCAGCAGUCAAGGAAGCAAACAGGAAGGACCGUCACCAACAAGACCGCCUCAGACUGCUCCAGCGGAUCAGCCCAAGGAAAUCGAGGUUGGCGUCCUCCUUCCUCCGUGGAUGGCAAGUAACCAAGCUCCGUCUUCGCCUCCUCGACCACCAACCUUUUCUGCUCCCAAGGUCAAGAAGUCUCAGCAGCAACCGCCAACUCAGACCACCAAGCAGACUGUCCCCGCUUCUCCUCCUGCUUCUCCACAGAAGAAGGUGUCAUCUGUUCGUCCCUCUUCUCCGUCCAAGAAGAAGCAGCAGCAGCCAGUCGUCAAGCCCGUCGUCCACCAUCCUCCACAGACGACGAUUCGACUGGUUCCCAUUCCAGAAAACAGCCAGGAUCAGUGGGAUCAUCCAACGAAACCACCACAGGAUAAGGACGAAGGUGCUGGCAAACGCCGUUGGCUGUUUUGGAAGUCCAAGAAGCCAAGCAGUAAGACUGACAGGAAUAAUGUCAAACCCCUUCUCUACACUGCAUCGACCAGUCCAGGAACGUUUCUCAAGGGAGCACCCGGGUCGGUACAUGCCGCCAAUGCCACGUGGGAUUCCAACUACUACGAUACAUCGUCCAGUUCCACCAUUUCCAUGACGGAGCAUUCCAUGGAUUCCUCCGACCAUCGACCCGUCUUGGUCGAGUCCAAGCCGCACAAACCUGCUGCCACCAGUAGUAGGCAUCAUGCACCCAAACCCAUUCUCAAGACGGCUGAUACCGGUACUACAAGACAGCCCAUGCCACAGAAAAUCGUCAGGGAGGCAGAAUGUUAAGCUAUAUACUAGCUAGUAUACGUGAACUGUAAACAAUAAUAACAAAGCUACCGGUAUUG